UCACAACUUCAAGAUGAUAAAAAAAAACUAAAUAAUAAAAACAAAGGAUUUCGUCUGUAUCUGCUUAGGACGUGUGGGGAGAGAAUAUAAAUAAAAUAUCCAACGUCGUGAUCUGGUAUUGGAACAGAAAAGAUGAAGCCAACCCACCAGGAAGAAUGUAUUUUAUGCUGCAGAGAAAUAAAAAUAUAUGCUACAGGGGCAUGUGAUCAUCCUGUAUGUUAUGAAUGUUCCACGCGAAUGAGAGUUUUAUGCGAAACUAAUGAAUGUCCCGUUUGUAGAAGUGAUAUGCCAGUUGUUGUAUUUACAAAAGAGCGCCAAAUAUUUUCUGAUGUCUCCCAAAAAUUUCAUCUUUGUAUUAAAAAGUACCAAAUAAUUUUUGAAGAUGAAAGUGUUGGUGAUGCUUUUGAUGCACUACUUGAAAAUAGGUGUAAGCACUGUGACCAAGAUUUCCCUACCUUUGAAAGGUUGAAAGAACAUGUUCGUAGAACGCAUGAACUUCAUUACUGCGAAUUAUGUACAGAUAAUUUAAAGAUAUUCACAUUUGAAAGAAAAUGUUAUUCAAGAAAGGAUCUUGCUCGACACAAGAGAGUCGGAGAUCCAGACGAAACAUCUCAUCGAGGACAUCCUUUGUGCGAGCAUUGUGAUCAAAGAUAUAUGGAUAGAGAUGAACUCUUCAGACAUGUCCGUAAAGAGCAUUUCUUUUGCCAUUUUUGUGAUGCUGAUGGCAUUCAUCAGUAUUAUAGCGAUUAUGAAUAUCUACGGAGUCAUUUCCGUAGAGAUCAUUAUUUGUGUGAAGAAGAGGAUUGCGUCAAUGAGAGAUUUACAAGUGCCUUUCGAACUGACAUAGACUUAAAAGCUCAUAUAGCUGUGCAUCAUUCCAAAAACAAAUCAAAAGCUGAAGCUAAACAGGCCAGAUUGCUUGAAUUUGAAUUUGCAUAUCCUAAUCGACAAUCUGGUAAUUCUAGUCCUAGAGGAGGGAGAUAUGGUCAAAGAAAAAGAAAUACAGAAGAAAAUACCCAGAAUAGAAAUAGAGCAGUUCCUCCUGAACCAGAGAACUUGGAUACCCAUUCUGUACAAGAAUUUCCUUAUCUUUCUGAAGAUAAUAUUAGUAAAACAGCUCAAGGAAAUCGUUCAGUUGACACAAUGAUGAAUUCUUUAUCUUUGCAAUCCUUCAGUAGAAACCCGCCUGUUCAACAGAAGAAAAAUGUCAUGUCUGUAGAAGAUUUUCCUGCCUUAAGCUCAAAUGCACCUUCAGUGCCCUCUUCCUCUAAUUACCCUGCUGUAAGUACUAGCUUUAUGCGACCUAGUAAUACCCAGAUUCGAACUUCCAACUUGGCUAAUCAAUCAGCACAAAGAAAUGUUCCUACACAGAAUAUUGGUAUUAGUUCCAGUGACAAUAAAUCUAAAAGAAACAAUUCAGAAGAUGGUGAUAAAGCUCAACAAAGGCCUCAAUGGACAUCUAAGAAAAAUGAGUUUAAUUUUGAAGAAGAAUUUCCAACUCUUGAAGUAAAGAAAAAUCCUCCACCAUUUGCAUCAGUAUCUGUUCCUAAAGUUUCAAGCUCUGCUGCAUCUUUGACUACUAAUGCAUCGAAGCAACAUUGGCCAGGCUUAAAUGCAUCUUCAUCUGCGACAAACAACAUUAUAAAACAAAAGCCCCCAGAUCCUGCUACUUUAAAGACCUCUAAUUCAGCUGCAGAAUCAAAUUUUAAUGACCAGUUUGUUGUUAUUAAAACAAAGUCAAAAAAGAAGAAACAAGGCAAAAUCUAUUCUCCUUCAGAUAUUGAUGCAGCUGAAGAUUCUUCUAAACAGUUUGCUAGCAAAAUCAAUGUCAUUGAAAAUGAUAAAGAAAAUAAGGAACUUUUAAAAAAAUACAAAAUGCAACAAACAUCAGUGAUGAAAUCUGGAAAUCCAAAAUGUAAUGGGAUGUGGUCUGAUGAAAUAACUACAUUUGGCAAUGAAGAUUUUCCACCACUUGCUCCUACUCGAGAACCAGCAAGAAAACCACCUGGGUUUAAUGCCCCAAAGAGUAGAGCACCACCACCAGGUUUCACUGCUAAUUCAACAAUAACAACUUCUUCAGUUGGAAACAAAACUUUAAGCGAUGCUGUCCGAGAAAUAGUCAUGCCUGAUAAAGUUAAUGGUGUAAAGAAAUCAACUAAUGAAAAUACCUAUGAAAAGUAUAGAGAACCUCAGAACUUCCACUUCCGCAAUGAUGAAUUGAUUAAAAGAAUAUAUGACCUGUCAAAUGCUCAAGCAAUAUUAUUUCAAGAGUUCAAAUCAGUUUCAGGAAAAUUUAGAUGUGGUGAUAUCUCUGCUGAUGAGUAUCAUGCCAAGUGCCUUGACAUCUUAGGUGAAAAAGGUGUCAUAGAGAUAUUUCCAGAAUUGGUGACAUUACUACCCGAUAUAAAAAAACAGCAAGAGCUUCUGACCGUCCAUAACAGGUUUCUAAGUCAAUUAAAUCGUGGUGCCACUUCAAAAAAAUCAUCUAUCAAGUCUUGCAGUACUCUCGUAUCUUGUGAAAAGUGUAAUCAGGUCUUAGAUUUUAAUGACUGUAAAAAUCAUGAGCUAUUGCAUAACGGAGAGAAUUCUCAGUGAUAUUAAGUUAUAUGACAGUGAUUAUUUGAUACUAAUAUAAGAAUCUAUUAGAUUAUUAAAAGUUAUUUUUCAACUUGUAA